AUGACCGACCUCCUCUACGACUACACAAGUUGGCAAUUCCUCGAUGCUGUCGGACAAGCAUCGCCUCUGCAACAGGAACUGCACACUGGGGAGACCAUGAGUCUUGCCUUUGAGUUUCCGUCUCACGACUUUGCGUUGCUCAGCUCGGAUAAUUGUCUGCCUUACGGGCAAACUUCGGCAAAGGCAGCACCAGCAACGGGGUUUAUGCAGACACCGCCAAUUGAGAUGGGAAUGGGAAUGGACAUGGGCAUGGAGAUGGAGAUGUUUGCACAGGGCAUGGAGUUCAUUUCAGUACCUCCAUUCCCUGAUCUCACUCUCGGCCACGGCAAAAAGACUCCCGACGGUCUCGCCCUCCUCCGCUCCACAUCCCAAAAUGCAGCCGAACGAGCGUUGUUCAUGACUCCAUCCGGCCUCGCCUCCCCUUCAUCCUCGUCGUUUUCUUCGUCGUCGUCAAACCAGAACUCGUCAACUCCAUCACUAGACCCCUGCACCCCCCGCACCCCCAGCACAACAAGUAAGGAAAGCGACGAAGACUAUGACUGGGACUGCGACCGCGAUCUGGAUCCCGCGCAUUUCUACAAAUUGCCCGAUAGGCUCGACUCCUCCCAAUCAGUCCCCCGCCCGCCCCGCCACGUGCAUCAUUCUCCUCCUCCUCCUCAUCACCAUUACACGCACCCUCACCCCCACCGGGUAAAUAAUACUACUCACCGCGAGGAAGACGAGGCAGACGCGCUAACGCCCCUCGAAAUGCCCGACGGCAGUACCCGCUUCACUGCGAAUUGGCUGCCUGUUGAUCCGACGGGUGGAUUCACCAUUGAUUCACAUUCGGUGUCUGCAUCUGCGUCUGCAAUGGAAUUCGGAUAUGGACAUGGCCAGCACGACCACGCGUACAGCUACGGCCAUGCUGAUAGAGACCCCAUCUCGAUGGAAUUCAGCAAAGAGGCGUUUAUCCAGAUGCCGGCGCCGGUGUGA